CAAGCAAGAGGCAAUGGAGAAGGCGAGGGAGAUCCAGGUCAAGGCCGAUGAGGAGUUCGCUAUUGAAAAGUCCAAGAUCGUUCGCCAGGAGGCCAUCAGCAUCGAAGCCGCCCAUGACAAGAAGAUCAAGCAAGCCCAGGUAGCCAACAAGAUCUCCGAGUCGAACGCAACCAACAAGUCUCGUCUGUCCAUUCUGCAAGCUCGCGAGACCCACCUGCAAGACCUCUUCGAAGGUGCUCGCUCACAACUCGCCUCUCUCUCCAAGGACAGCUCCAAAUACCAGCCCCUCGUCACCCAGCUCAUCGUCCAGGGUCUCCUCACCUUGCUCGAGGACAAAGUAUCCGUUACCGGUAGGAGCGCGGACCAGGACCUGAUCAAGAAGAGUGCCGACGAGGCAAAGAAGCAGUACAAGGAGAAGAGUGGCCGUGAUGUUGAGAUUGAGGUCAGGGAGGGGCUGGGCAAGGACAGCAAUGGUGGUGUGGUACUGCAUGGGCUGAGGGGAAGGAUCAAGAUUGACAAUACGUUGGACGAGAGGUUGAGGUUGUUGGAGGAGAUGAUGCUCCCGGAGAUCCGCCUCAACCUCUUCGGGGCCAACCCGAACCGCAAGUUCACGCACUGAUUGCGUGGAUUCAAUGUGGUAUCGCAUUUGUUCCUCUUUCACUUCGACUAUAUAUACGCUUCUCUUGCUACUCGCCGAUGCCCAUCGCCGCCCUGACCUUCAGCAUCGUCUUACUCGCGACUUCCCUUGCCUCGUCCCUCCCCCUACUCGCUACCUCAGCCAGGUACCCUCGGUCUUGUCUCAACCGCUCGUACUGCUGCCUGAUAGGCUCUAGCGUCUCCACGAUUGUGGCUCCUGCGAGGUCUUUGAGCAUCUUUGCCCCUGGCUCACCCGAAGCAUGCUGGGUGUUGAGCCUGUCCGCCACGCUCUCUGGCCUCACCUCGCUCCCCGCUCUCAGCGACUCCAAUGCGGCAAUGAUCCCCAGCAGAUUCGCGACUCCCGGCCUUCGCUCCACUUCGAAGCUCAUUGACCUCUCAUCAUCCGUGACUGCCCGCUUCACCUUCUUCUCCACC